UGCCUAAUAAUUCUGCACUCCCUGUACAUUUCAAAUGAGUGUCUAUUCCUUACAAUGAUCUAUCUAUCAAUUGAUACAACUGCUCAAAAUGAUAAGUAACUGUUGCAUUACUCUUAAUGCAUAGUUGUACAGAAACAGACAAUCUUCCAUGUUUACUGUAAAUCAUGAAAGUUUCAAGAUAAUGAGAUUCAUUGUCACCAAUUAGCGUGGAGCAUGAACCAAUUAGACUACAAUAUCCAUGGAUGUAGCCUAAUAUUUUAUCAUAAAGCUUCAUCAGACACUGUCUGUGGCCGCAAAUACUGUACCACCUUUUCAGACUAUUUACAGUAUUGACAGUACUGCACUGAUGCAGGCCCUUGUAAUUGCUUGUCCAAUUCUGCCAACUCGUUACUGAUGAUUGAGUGCACAUUGAGGAAUGAGUAUAUAGUAAAGAGUUGAUUGGGAUCCAAUUGCAAGAGCAUAGUGAUACGUAACAUGGAGCCAGCAGGUUAUCCAGGUCACAAUGGAGGUCAAGCAGUGGUGGGAGGAAGACGAGGAAGACGUGUUGAUCAAAGGAAUGGCAGGGGACAGGCACCCCUUCUGAGAGGUGGUCGUGGGCCUCGUUUGAGAGGUGUGGGGGAAUGUGGUAGAGGACAAGGCCACGGACCAAGACAGCGGCAGCAACAGCAUAGAGUGUCCAAUGAAAUUCGGGCAAUAGUUGUAGACCAUGUCAUAAAUCAUGGCAUGACAAUGACUGAGGCGGCUACAAUGAUACAACCAAACCUCAGAAGGUCAACCGUGGCCUCAAUAAUCAGAACUUUCCGCAAUGAGAACCGAAUUGUGACCAGGCCAAAUAGUGGAGGCAGAGGCAAAAUUCUAACUGACCAACAAGAGCAGGCCAUGGUCGAUUUGGUUCGGGCCAGAAAUGAUAUUCGCCUUACAGAAAUUUGCCAGCAUAUCUUGGACAAUGAAGACAUGUUCAACAAUGUGGGAUCCAUAAGUUUGCCGACUAUUGCACGCAUACUGAAAAGGCACCAGGUAUCUAUAAAACAACUAUACUGUGUGCCUUUCGAAAGAAAUGCAGACAGAGUGAAGAAAAUGAGGACUGAGUAUGUUCAGAGGGUGAUGGAGCUGGAUGCUGAUGAUGACCAUCACAAAUUCAUAUAUUUGGAUGAGGCAGGUUUUAAUCUGGCCAAGACAAGGAGGAAAGGUUGGAAUUUCAUUGGCCACCGGGCAACCAUCCAAGUACCUGGACAACGUGGGGCCAACAUUACCAUGUGUGCGGCUAUAUCAGAAGAUGGUGUGGUGGGACGCAGACCUCAUAUUGAACCAUAUAAUGCAGCUCUUCUUGUCACCUUUCUUGAUGAGCUCAAUCAAGUUUGUAGAGCUGAAGGUGUGACCUAUGUCAUUGUGUGGGACAAUGUCAGGUUCCAUCAUGCUCAUGUGGUGCAAGCAUGGUUUCAGGCCCAUGCACAAUUUACCACCCUGUAUUUACCCCCAUACUCUCCCUUCCUUAACCCGAUUGAGGAAUUUUUCUCCACAAGGUUCAUGAUAGGCAACCUCAUGAACAAGUCACUCUUCUACAGGUCAUGGAUGACGCCUGCAAUGACAUCCCAGCAGACCAGUGUCAGGCCUGGAUUCGCCAUGCCCAAAGGUUUUUUCCAAGAUGUUUGGCUAAUGAAAACAUCCAUUGUGAUGUAG